AUUGAUUCAAUUUCAUGGAGGAUCUCGAACUUGUGAGAAACAAAGAUCAUAGUUUUUAUCAGAUCCAUUUGUUAGAACCCCAGGAACGAAUGAGUGAAUGGAAGAAUACCUUUGGAGCAAUUAAGCCUUUACUCGACUUUAAUGCUACCUCUAGCUCAGACCUUCUGUUUGAGUGCGAGAAGGUUGGUUGUCGCUUCUUCUUCUCCGAGAAUUCAUAUCUUGAGCAGAUCAAGGAGAAGAAGGAUAUCUUAGGCUGGGAUAUCACGGAUUGCAGCAACAACAGCAGUCCUCUGAAUCUUGUAGCUUUGGAGAGGGCUGGAGUCAAGAAAGUCGUAGUUGAUUCGUUGGAGAGAAUUGAAUCUUUGAAAGAAUCCAAUAAAGGCUUUACCCCUAUUCUUCAGGUUGCCCUUACGGAUUCGAUUCGCGAGAUGGGAUGCGACAUGGAUCAGGCCCCAUCCAUCUGUGAACGCGCUGCUAAAAUGGGUGUUCAGUUAGAUAGCCUUUGUGUUGGCACUUUCGAGGAUAGCAAUCUUGCCGACAUAAUUCACUCCAUUAGCUCGAUUCUAGAAUCCAUUUCUGCUGUUGGUCAGUCUAUCAAGAAGGUGAUGAUCAUUGGUACAGGUACUCAGAAGCUGUCGGAAAAUGAUAUCCCGACGUUAGCUCUGUUGAAGGACCUGUCGAAGAAGGUGGAGCUUUCCAUUGAAGCCUCUCGUUUCUUUACAGAGAAAGCUUACACCAUCUACACUCGAAUCAUCGGAAAGAAGGUGAAGCACUUUGGCGAGAUUCCGCAUUAUUUGUACUACACGGAUAACGGAGUGUACUGCUCCUUCUACAAUCGUCAUAUCAAUAAUGAGCCGUUGAAUCCGAUCCCCAUCAAGGUGAGCAGCUCGACUGAUGACUCGCUUUAUGAAUCGACGUUGUUUGGUCCGACGUGCGAUUCGAUCGAUACGUUGGGAACGAAUUUUUUGCUGCCUGAUUUGGAGAUUGGAGAUUGGCUGAAGUUUGAGGAAUGUGGAUAUCUUUGCAGUAACUAUUCUCCACAGUUCAAUGGUUUUGAAGAUCCUGCGGAAACUCUUUCUGCUUGA